AACGCCGCCCAUAAUCCUCAAUGGAAAACGUGCCAACCCUAUAAUGAGACGUGUCCUGGGAUGGGGUAAGCAGCCCAUAUUACAUGGGAGCAUGUUGUGCAAGCACUGCUGCGUUCCAGGAAUACCAGAGUGGCGAUGCGACGGGCUUAUACGGUUGUAUCGUGACUGUGACACAGAGCGAGGUCGUCGCAACUUGGGUACAACAGAACCAAGACCAAACCGCAGUAACCUCGAAAGGUCCCGUUACUGUCAUUGCAGACCCUCUAUAUAUGGUAUGGCAUGUGUCGGAUACAUCGAUGCAUGCUGUCUCAGAGGCAAAUUCGUUACGUGCUGCCAUGGGCAUGGCUGUAGUAACAGAAACCGGUACGACCUCAUUAUCAACAUCGGCGCCAACCAUCACAAUGGCACCACCAACUGCGUCUACUAUAUCAGACACCGCGACCAAGCUGUCAGGUGGCGCGAUAGCCGGGGUUGUUAUCGGCUUCAUCGUGUGUUUGAUCGCCAUCGGCGUUCUGGCUUAUUUCGCCUGCAUUCGCCAUAGAUCAAGAUCAAGUCCUUCAGAACAAGCAGGGCCGGCGGGAGGACCAGGAAACUCAAGCGUAUGCAGCAGUCGGGAAAUAUACGGACAAGGCGCGCUACAGCUGCAAACCUCCAUGCAAAACACUACUCAUAAAACGCCUUCCUUCGUGGACCUUCAUCGGGCCGAGAGCGCACAAAGUCAUACGCCCCAAACACCGCGCACACCACAAAUGCUGAGUCGGGCGAAAGAAGAAGACAUGUAUGUUAUCGAACAGAAGAUGUUGCUUCGCUGAGAGGAAAAGUCAGAAUGAUCGAUUAACUGCUUACUCUAUUGUGAUGAUGCACAACGUACUGCGCACCAGCCACGGCAUAAUAUACAAAAUAUUGACAUGGCAACACCUUGCGCGAUGCGCAGCGCAAACUUACCUAUGAGAUCAGUGAGUCCUUGCAACAGAGUUUCGAGAGGAGUCACAGCAUCACGGCAAAAUCGGGCAAGUGUGAACA